CUAUUGUCGGCCCGAGUCAUCAUCUACAUCUAGACCCCUUGCGCUUUUUUCUUACCUGUGCGCCCGCUCUCUUCGCAGCAAGAUGGCCGCUGCAACAACCAACUGUCAUGGAGCGUUGCUGUAUUAAAGCCGAAACACUUGUAAAAAUAAUUAGCAGCACGGCUUCGGGGGCCGCGCCACAGUGCUGAAAAAUGAGUACAGGAGCUGCAUCACCAUCAUCUACACUGUCCUCACGCAGUUCUUGUCCUGGCGGAACAACAGGCGGAGCUUCUACUGCAAGACGCAAACGUCGGAAGCGAGCGGCGAUGUUGGGGGUCGUGGAUGAAACCUCCUGUCGCAUGGUCGUCUCUCGUACUAGUCCUACCUCGUCUUGUUCAGCUGAGAGGAGAGCAACUACAGCUACAAGUGCUGCGGCUUCUGCAAGAACCGCGCCUGCGAGAGCUACUUCUUGUGCCAAUUGCACAAAGAUGACUGCAUCUUCUUCAAGAUGCAGCGGGGGCCUACACGACCGAGAAAUGCUAUCGCGGGACGAGCAGGUGGACAACUUCCACAGGAACGACUGUCAGACGAACGGACGAAGGAAAAAACCAAGAAGAGGAGCAAUAGGUCGUGGUGGAUCAACAUUUUUCCUAUGUGCAAGCAGGGGACUACUCCAGCAUCUUAUCAAAUGUAAAAGUGUCUGGGUCUGGAAGAAUGCCAGACUUGUCAUGCAGGUUUUCCAUGACCCAUGAGUUCUGGUAUGGAGGACAUAGCAUGACAGAUUCCGUGAGAGUUCUAUCAUGCCUAUCCUGCAUGAGAAACUGCCUCUCGAUUAGGUCAAAACUGGACAGCUUUUGGCACUCAUGCAACACAGAUUUUUACAUGAUUCAGAUUUAGCAUGACAAGUUCCAACCUUCCAGACCCAGACAUUUUUACAUUUCAUACAUCUCCUGCCAGUACUAUCCCUGCUUGUCGCAACAACCGCGUCCGCUACGAACGUCGGGCGGCAGUUCUACGACCCCGAUUGCGUACGAGAAGACCCCUUUUGGACCAAAUACCUCAACCUCGUUUCCGACGCGGUGGCGAAAAACGAACCCCCCGACUACCACGUUUCCCGCUACGCCUUGCAAUAUCAACUGUAAAAAUGUCUGGGUCUGGAAGAUUGCAACUUGUCAUGCUGUUUUUGGACUCUAAAAAAAUUUGUAUUGCAUGACCAGCAAGAGGGGGAUAGUUUUAGUUUUUGCUACACGGACAGGGCAUUUCUCAUGCGGAAGGUGCAUCAGGAAGCCCUCUAAAAGUCUGCGAUGCUAGGUCAAGCAUUACUGGCGUCAUGGGUCAUGAGAAAUAUGCAUGACAAGUCUGCAUUCUUCCAGACCCAGACAUUUUUGCAUGUGAUAUGCAAAUCCCCGGGUGCCCGCUGGGAAAACUCGUCGCCUGCGUGUAUCCUGUGCAAAAGUAUCGUACUCGUAUUGCACUCAUGCAUUACAAAUCCUGUUCUUAAGGCAAUUUCGCAUUACAAAUUUUAUUUCUCAUGCUGAGGAGAUUUGUAAUGCAUUUAUACGAGUGCGAUACUUUUGCACAGCAUAGCGUGGGCGCGGAGUCGAUGGACAGUGUCCGGGAUUGCUUUUACCACAUCCCGACCGAUUUCUACCUUCUCAUGUCCUCCCAAUGGCCGGUGUUGAAGCUUCUCGACAUUGAGCAACAGAAAAUCUGGGACAGCGUGGACUCCGCGACCGGGAAGCCAACUUUUUUAGAAGACGACAACGCCGACGACUGCAUCUUAUAUGCAAAGCAAAAGCAUCGUACUAGUAUAAAUUGCAUCACAAAUUAGCCCAGCAUUACAAACUAAAUUCGCCAUGCAGAUUUACCCUAAGAGUAAGAAAAAGAUUUGUAAUGCAUAAAUGUAAUUAGUACGAGUGCGAUACUUUUGCAGUUCAUAUCUUAUCUCCCGACCCGAAUGUGAUCGAAUGGAACGAGUUCCGGGGGGCUUUGGCGACGGGGGUGACCGUAUCAAAUGCAUAUAUGUCUGGGUGGUCUGGGUGAUUGCGAGAUUUGGCAUGCUAGUCUGGCAUGACUCUAAGCUCUGUAUUGCGUGGCCGCGAAGAGCUCCUCCUCUCUGUCAUGCAAAAAUGCAGCUUCUCAUGCGGGAUGCGCAACUCAGACCCACGAAAAAACAUGGCACGCUUGGCAGCGCAUUACAGUGAGAUCAUUAUUCCCUUCCUUGCAUCACAAGUUUCCAGACCCAGACAUGUUUGCAAUGGAAAGACCGAAGCGAACGAGUGGCUGUUGGAAAAGAAAACGAAAACCGACCGAACCAGCCUCGGGUUAUCCUAUGCAAAAACCUCGCCACCCCAUAGUCAAGAUGGGGACUCGGCUAGGCAAAUCCACAGGCUUUGGCUGUUUUGCAUGACAAAUUUGGACCCGUAGUGCAAUGCUGUUUGAGCUAGCUCAGCAGCAUCACAGAUCUAGUAUAUCAUGCUGAUUGGAGCAUGACAAAUUCCAAAACACCACUGGAAAAUGCUUCUCAUGGGGCUCCGCAUGAGAAACAUUUUCAGCAUGCAGAUUUGCAUGACAACCCUGGGGAGGAGACGUCUUUACACAGGAUACGGGUGGGCGAUAAGCCACGCGGACGGGGUGAUCUUCAAGUCGCAGAGCAGUGUAGAGCACAGUGCGUAUGCACUGCAAAAAUGUCUGGGUCGGGAAACUUGUGAUGCUGAAUGGCCAUGAGUGACUGCGUCUGUAAGAGUAGUGUAGCAUUCUCAUCCUUAGUACGCAUUACAGACUGUAUUUUUUGAUCACCAAACUGUGGCGCUUUUGUUGCUUUCAUGCAAUACAGAUUUUUCUGGACUCCUCGACACGCAAUACAAGUUUGCACUCUUCCAGAGCCAGACAUAUUUCUAUUUGCAGUUGAUAGUGCGACUUCCUCCACCAUUUCCGACGUCAUCAACCAGUGUCCAUUCGGCGUUAUCGCCGCCAACGCGCUCCGCAUGUUCGCGAUACUACUUUCCGACGGCGAUGUUUACCGCAUGUUGGAGCGGGGAUUCCAGCAGAUCGAGCAGAUCUGGAAUAAGCAUCGCAAAUAUGUCUGGGUGCUCUGGUAGGAGGUAGCGAGAGUUGUCAUGCUGGUCUGGCAUGUUGACUCUGAGCUUUGUACUGCGUGGCCGCGAAGAUGAGCUCCUCUUCCGUGUCAUGCAAAGCCGCAGUUUCUCAUGCGGAGUACGCAACUCAGAACCACGGAAAAACUAUGUCAUGCUUGGCAGCGCAUUAAAUAAUGCAUCAGUGUGCUCCCUAUAAUUCCCUUCCUUGCAUCACAAGCUCCCAGACCUAGCCAUAUUUGCAUUUUAUAUGGAACCGGAAGCACCAAUUGCUGUAUUCCCGCUGGCGGCUCUUUGGGAUUGUUCAUCUAUUGAACGAGAUGAAGAAGCAAAAAUUGGAUCUGCCGGAAGCGGCGUUGACCGACGAUUUAGACUCUCCACCGAAAUAUAUGGAUUCGAAGAACCCCUGGGACUGGCGGGUGGGUGACAUGGGGCUCUACACCGAAC